AUGCAUCACCGGCCAGCAUCAGAGCCCAGCCCUGGCCAGACUUCAAGUUCUACAACUACCGCCGUGAACUCCCCAUCCCAAUCCAGCACCCUCAAUCGUGACGGGCCUGGCGCGGUGGGUGAAGAGACAGUUCCGGCCCAACCUGGACUCGGCACGUUGGAACUGAGCAACACUGAAGUGAGAUACCAAGGUCCAAAUCACUGGACUUCGGUUCUGGACGCCAUCGCCGAACUCAAGGGAGAUGUUCAGGAGACGGAACGUACUUGGCUCCCAGAAGCCGACCCGAAGCCUUCGACGCCCACGCCCCCGGACACUAUUCUUCUCUUUUCUGGGUGCACGCAAAGCAGCAGAGAAGAAGUCAUGGCAGCUUUACCUCCACGGCCUCUAUCAGAUUGCCUCGUAUCUCAGUGUUUCGAAGCCCUCGACUUGGUAUCGUGUCUCAUCAACAAAGAUGGGUUCUGGAAAGAAUAUAACUCAUUCUGGAAUGAUCCUGACUCUGCCCCCAUAGCAUGGGUGGGGUUGCUGUUUAGCAUGCUCUGCAUAGCCGCACAGUAUCGGGAUAACGAUUAUGAACGCCUCAGGAGCUUGCAGCCAGAGGUGAUUAGCCAGACAAGUCUACGGGUGCUCGCUCAUGAGUAUCACGAGAAGACUAUUCAAUGUCUGAUGCUGGCCCGAUAUACAAAAGGCGGUCCUUACGUGAUCGAAACACUGAUCCAAUACAUCGCGGCAGUGUAUGUGAGACAACGAGAUGCCAACAAUGACGUUUGGCUUGCCCUGGUUCAUGCGAUUCAUCUUGCCAUGCGGAUGGGAUACCAUCGGGAUCCAAAGCAUUUCAAGCACCUAUCACCGUAUGAUGGAGAAAUGAGGCGGCGGGUUUGGCUUAUGCUUUACUACAUGGACAACGGGCUUUCUUCUCAAAUAGGCAUGCCACGAACCAUCAAAGAUGUGAGCGGUACUCGUCCCCCAGACUCCCUUUUCUGGCCGUCUGUAAUCGACGCAGCAGAACCUCGCAACCUUCUCGACAGCGAUUUCGAUGUUGAGACAAUUGAGUUGCCCCCGUCUCGCCCAGAAACAGAGAUGACACCCAUGCUGGUGAUCUUAUCCAAGACUCGCAUAGCCAGGAUAUAUGCUACCGUUGCGGAUUUAGCCACUGACACGAAACCGUGCCCGUACUCGGAGAUAUUGAGGAUCGACGAACAACUCAAGAGGGCCUUCGCGAAUCUUCCAAGUUAUUUCGAAAUGCGUCCCGUUUCGGAGUCGGUUAUGGAUCCGCCCACCAUCAUCGCCCAGAGAAUCCAUAUCCAAAUGUCAUAUCACAAGACGCAGAUCGCCCUUCACCGGAGAUACCUGGCCCUGGGGAGGGAUGACGAGCGGUAUUCCUACUCCCGCAGGACUGUCGUGCAGGCUGCUUUGCAGCUGCUGAAGUACCAACAGCUUAUGGAUCAAGAAAUGCAGCCUUGCGGACGCCUUUAUCCUGUUCGUUGGAGGAUAACCUCUCUAAUCAACAGUGACUACCUCCUUGCCACGGUCGUGAUCUGCUUCUAUCUGCAACAUAGCGGCGAAGCCAUCGACCCCGAAGAACUGGGUGAGAUAAAGGAGGUUAUGAGGAAGACACGUUCGAUCUGGAUUUGGGGGAUCUCCACUUCAACGGAAGCGAAGAAGGCCGUCGAGGCCAUCAACGCGGUCUUGCCAGAUAUCCCCGGCAUUGACGAGGAUGCAGUCCCGGGAGGAGCGUGGAAUCAUACGCCACCAUCCGAAAUGUCAGCGGAAAACUUCCUAUUUCCUCCAAACCAGGGAGACUCCAUGGGCUUCCAUAUGCCCUACUUCAUGAACUCCAUAUUUGGAGUGCCUUCGAUAGGCUCUAUCGACUUCAAUAACAUGGAAACACUCGAUGGGCCUUUGCCAUCAAGCUUCAUUGAUCCGUGGUUUCAGCCUGUCGGUAAUGGCUUCUCUUGA